AUGGGCGCUGCAACAGUUGCAACAAUAUCGAGACGAGGAAUCAACUCUGAGAAAGAAAAUGAGAUAACAAACAUAGAAAAGAAGUUUGGUUGUAAGAUUGUAAAUAUAAAAGGAGAUGUUACAAAUUUGAAAUCCCUCGAAAAUGCAAUGCAUGAAAUUCAAGAACGGUCUGGUUCUGCAAGCAUACGAGGUAUUUUUCAUUGUGCAGGGGUAUUGCAUGGAAAACUUCUAAGUAAUAUAGAAGAAAAUGACAUCGACAUUGUUUUGAAACCAAAAGUAAUAGGGUCAAUGAAUCUGCAUCAUGUUACAAACGGACUUGAUUUGGACUAUUUCGUUGUGUCAUCUUCAAUCAACAGUUUGAUUGGCAUUCCAGGACAAAGUAGCUACGGGGCGGCAAAUUGCUUUUUAGAUGAUUUUAUUGAUUGGAGACGAAAAAGGGGUCUUGCCGGCCAAUCGAUUCUUUGGGGUCCUUUGAAUGUCGGAAUGGCAUCGAGGCCUGAAUUUAUCGACAAUUUCGCUAAACGGGGUUUUAACCUACUGUCCGUUGCGGAAGUACGUUGCUGCUUGCAAGCAGCAUUAAUGCAGAACUCCACCAAUAUUGUAUAUGCUGAUAUAAACUGGGAAACAAUGUCAAAGAAUUAUUCAGUUCCAAUGAUGGAGAGGCAUAGAAAUAUCAUGUCAGUGCUUUUUGAUCAACUAGUUUCUUGUCAUGAAACUUUUGAUGAAGAUAGUUCAUUCUACGAAUUUGAUAUCACAAGUCUCCGAGAUACAAGUAAACAGGAACAAUAUUCGGCACUUACACGAUUUGUUUUGCAUGCUGCAAGCAAAGUAACAGGCGAAGUCGAUCCCAGUACAAGCAUUGAUGUUAAACUGACUGAUUUGGGACUUGAUUCAAUGUCAAUAUUAACUUUUAUUAAUGUUGUUCAGGACUACACGCGGUAUCGUAUUCCUGCAGCGUUCAUGUCAAAUAUUGACAGAACCUUCCGUGACAUCAUUCAACUACUUGCUGAAAAACUGUUUGAACAAAUAAACUCUGUAUCAUAAAGUUGACCGGAUGAACUGGUAGUUACCGGUAUGUGUUAAGUUAACGUUUUAAAAAGGAGAACAUGAUAUAAUAUGUAAGUACUCAAAACAUUGAUCUGCAUAAAAUAAUUAAAUUAAUUAAAGGAAGAGGUACUGAG